GCCAUUUUUGAAUCCAAAUAUUUCCUUGUUGCAGAUUGUUUUCACCUGGCACAUUUAAAAUGAAAGUGGAGGACAUUGACAUGACAGAAGAGGAGAAGAUGUUUCGGUACAAUCUCCCAGAACACCGCCUUGCAUCGUUUAACAAGUGGCCAUUCACAAGUAACUGUACUUGCACUCCUGAAAAGAUGGCAGCCGCAGGAUUUUACCACUGCCCGACUGACCAAGCCCCAGAUUUGGUGAAGUGUUUUGUGUGCUGUAAAGAACUGGAAGGUUGGGAACCAGAUGAUGACCCAUGGAAGGAGCAUGAAUCUCACUCAGCAAGCUGUCCAUUUCUUGCUCAUGGAGAUAGUUGCACUAUGGCGGAAUUUUUCAAGACUGAAUGUACAAGACAAACUAUCAGGAUUAUGAAAAGUGCAGAGAGCAAAAUAGCAGAGUUUGAAAAAUUUGCAGUUGAUGCAAGAGAAGAACUGGAGAACCUUGUUCAGAUGAACAACUGAUGUGAAAAGGAUGUGACACAUUUUGCUUUUCUCAGACUUAAAAGAACAUGGGACAGGGGUUAUCAACUGGAUAAAUUUGUCAAAAUCCAACAAAAUCCAAUUUUGUCAAUGUUUGCAGAGGUUUUACUCCAUACUUAAUGUUUUGACAGCUUUUACAAUCUACAGUGUUUGUAGAAAAUGUAUGUGGUAUGGAAAUGUAAAAGAUGAGAAAGAUCGUGUUAAGAUCACAGUGGUGAUAAAAUACUAUUUUCAAAGUUAAGUGUAAAAAUAAAACGAGUAAUAUCCAGUUGAU